CCAGAAAUCUUUAGAUGGAUUGCAUCUUAUCUUAGAACUGAAGGUCUUGUAUCAGAUAGCGACACCAUAAAGGUCGAAGAAAAGUUGACCUUUUUCCUGUAUAUGCUAUCACACAACGCAUCGUAUGAGGAUCUACAUGUGGCGUUUCAGCAUAGCGCCUCAACAUUCCAUGAUUACCUCAACUAGUUUUUUUGAUGUUGUUCCCAUCCUAGCAAGUCGUUUUCUGAGGCCUCGACACAUUGACGGGCCACAUUCCAAAAUCGCAAAUGAUGACCGCUUCUUCCCAUAUUUUGAGAAUUGUUUAGGUGCCAUAGACGGGUCACAUGUUCCUGUCACUAGGUCUCCUCAACUUCAAGCUCCGUGGAGGAAUAGGAAAGGGUCACUAAGCCAGAAUGUUAUGUUUGCCUGCGAUUUUGACCUGAAUGUGACCUUCAUAUCGUGUGGAUGGGAAGGUUCCGCUACUGACGCCCGAGUACUUAGUUCGGCGCUACUCAAUUGUUUGACUGCUUUGUUGGCUCUUUUUGCAGGGAGCAUAGCUGAAGGCAAUUUUAACUUCACUUCAACCUCAACUACAUCAAGGGAGGAUCUGACGCAAGUAAUAAGUGAUGAUGAUGAACCUGAAGGAGAUACCGAGGCUGAUAUAGCUGAGAGAGAAAGUGAAGAUGAACACGAAGUUAUGGAUCCGGCUCCAAGUGCUCAGAGUAUGACUCAGGUGGAACACCAAGUGAAAGGAAAAAGGGUUGCUGCUGCAAGGAACAAGCUUGCAAAGAUACCAAAGAGGAGUUCUAAGAAGAGGAAUUCCGAUGGAAUUGUGCAAGUGAUGGAGAGGAUGGUGCAAGUGCGUGAAAAGGAAGUCACUCAAGAACAACCUCUACAGAAGUUCUCUAUUACCAGAUGCAUGGAUGCACUGAAGACAUUGGAUGGUAUGACAGGUUCUAUUAAAAUCCCUGCAUUGGAUGUCUUCAAGAUUGCCGACAAUCGUGAAAUAUUUCUCAACCUUGUUGAUGAUAAAGAUGAUAAAGAUGGCACCGCCAUGACGUGGCUCCUUGCGCAGAUAGCCAAGUUACCAUGAGGAAACAAGUUGCUUGGACUGAUUUUCUUGUGAUAUUGAAGGGAACAAGCAUGUUUUUAAGAGGACUGUCCCGGGCCGAGUUGGUGCCUUAUUCAACAUAUUGUAGUUUCAGUACUUUGCUCAGAACCAUGUGCCUAUCCACUUUGAAUUCCUCUAUUUGUUUCAUAUCUCCGAAAAAUAGAUUAUGAGAUCUGAUGCCAUGAGCUAAUUGUACCAUGGCUGUAAUACAUUUAUGUACUGGUUGCAAGAUUAUGAUCUUCUAGUGUGCUACAAAGAUUUGAUUUUUAUUUGU